UUUGAUUCCUUAAGUGUGUGUUUUAUGUGUUUUUUCGACUGUUUCGUGGACGUUUUUAUCUUAUGUAGCGGAGGUAUAUCGGUCUGCACACUUCUAUUUUACCAAGACGGGCAUAAGACGGGUAGACUACAGCGCCGUCUGUGAUGUAUUUUUUCUUGUUUGAUACAGUGGCGGUAUUUAUUUAUUGUUAACUUUACAUGUAAUAUUUGUGUGUCCGAACCGUGCGUGAAUCUUUUACGAUUUCUGUUCUCGCCUGCAACGUUCUUAAAAUGGCGGACAUAUGUAAUCAAUAAUCAUUGUAACCAGUCAAUAAUUCAAAGCCAAGCGUAUCGUUUGUGUCCACCUGGUAGCAGUGAUACUAAGAUUUCCAUAGCAUAGCGACAUUUCUUCCACAAGUUGUUAGUGAUUUAUUUGACACCUGGCCAUGGCUCCUCCAAAGCCGGAGGUGAAGGUUGAAGUGGACAAUCGAGGGAUGCUCCACACAUAUCUAGACAACAUGGGAGCUGAGCAGGAUGGAGAAGAUACCACUACAGUCAUUGCAGUGAAUGGUGAAGAAGAACCAGAUACAGGUGUGACUUAUUUUGUGGAUGAAGAAGGUCACUACUACUACCAGCCAUCAGGAGACAAUCAGAACAUUGUCUCCUUGCCUGGGGGCCUGCCCGACGAUGCUGAGCCAAUGGAAGAAGAUGAAAAUCCAAUCAUGGUAGAAGGCAGUGAAGCUUACCAAACAGUCACGCUGGUGCCUUCUGAAGCGCCUAAUGGAGACGUCAGCUAUGUGCUUGUGGUGCAGGAAGACAACAAAGCUCUCAUCAAAGUUGAUCAGAAUGAAACUGAAAAAACCGAGGGUGAUGACGUUUACAACUUCGAGGAUGAAGAGGCAGAAGGCGAGGAGGAACAGUCCGAGGAGGAUGACGAGGACGAGGAGCUGAUCAAGAAGAAGCUGAGGAAGUCCAAGAGCAGCCGCCCUCACUUCACUUGCAGCUUCUGCUCCUACACAAGCCCGAGGAGGUACUUGCUUCUCCGCCACAUGAAAUCUCAUUCCGAGGAGCGUCCGCAUAAGUGUAAUGUAUGUGAGCGUGGAUUCAAGACUCUGGCCUCUUUGCAAAAUCAUGUCAACAUGCACAAUGGUGUCAAACCACACAUAUGCAAGUAUUGCAACAGCCCGUUUACUACUUCAGGCGAGCUGGUCCGCCACGUGCGCUACAAGCACACCCACGAGAAGCCGCACAAGUGCACCGAGUGCGACUACGCCUCGGUGGAGCUGAGCAAGCUACGUCGCCACGUGCGCUGCCACACCGGCGAGAGACCGUACCAGUGCCCGCACUGCACGUACGCGUCGCCGGACACGUUCAAGCUGAAGCGCCACCUGCGCACGCACACCGGCGAGAAGCCAUACAAGUGCGAGCACUGCUCCAUGUGCUUCACGCAGUCCAACUCGCUGAAGGCGCACAAGCUCAUUCACAACAUUUCAGCAAAGCCAGUGUACGCGUGCGAGCUGUGUCCCACCAAGUGUGGCCGCAAGACGGACCUGCGCAUCCACGUGCAGAAGCUGCACACCUCCGACAAGCCGCUGAAGUGCAAGCGUUGCGGGAAGACCUUCCCGGAUCGCUACUCUUGCAAGAUACAUAACAAGACUCACGAGGGCGAGAAGUGCUUCAAGUGCGACUUCUGUCCUUACGCGUCCACCACCAUGCGCCACCUCAAGUCACAUAUGCUCAAGCAUACAGAUGAGAAACCGUUCAAUUGUGAACAAUGCGACCAGUCCUUCAGGCAGAAGCAACUGUUGAGGCGGCACCAGAAUCUUUACCACAAUCCGGACUAUGUCCCGAAGCCUCCCAAGGAGAAGACUCAUGUUUGCCGCGAGUGCAACCGCCAGUUCGCUCACAAGGGCAACCUGAUCCGGCACCUGGCCAUACACGACCCGGAGUCUGGCCACAAGGAGCGCGCACUCGCGUUGAAGAUUGGCCGCCAAAAGAAAAUCAAAUUCAUUGAUGGACCUUUGCAAGCGACGGUGCAAUCCUCCAACCUGUCUUCAUCGUCGUCGUCGGAGGAGGAAGAUGAGGAGGAGGAGGAGGACGAGGAGAUGUCGGAGCCGACGAUGCUGAAGCUGAACGUGGGCGAGGCGGACCUGAAGCGCGGCGAGCUGGUCACCGUGGCCGACGGCGACGGGCAGCAGUACGUCGUGCUUGAGGUGAUUCAGCUGGAAGACGGCAGCGAGCAACACGUCGCCGUCGUCGCGCCGGACUCGCACUACGCACAGAUACCAGACAAUGAUGAUGAUGAACCCGUAGAAGAACGGAUACGGCAUCGUGAACCUUCCAAAUCAAAGGGGUCUAAGAAUAAACAAAACAAGGCCAUCAAACUGGAGAAAGAUGUUGAUUCCUGCUUUGGGUUUGAUGAGGAGGAGGCUGAAGAAGAAGAGCAGCCCAUGAACUAUGAAGAGAAACUUGUCAUUCGUUUAGUGUAAAUUAUUUGGUAAGAUGACAUUGUUAUUAUACAUAUUUGAUCGAAGGGUGAAGAGGUAUGGGUUACAUAAUAAUCUUGGACAUCUUGGUAUAGACCUUCUUACAUUAUAAAAAAAUAAUGAUUUUUGUGUAAUAUUUUGAAUACCAUCUUAGCUGUGAAGUAGGAGUAUUAACAUGUAUUUGUAUAUAAAUAUUAUAUAUUUAACAUUAAAUUAUGUACUUGAUACAUAAAUAGUAUACAUGAUCUUGAUAUUUACUUAUUUAGGAUAUCCCUCAACAGAAGGUCAGAGUUGUUGUGGACAAUUGUGGCACUUAUUAUAAUUAUUCGAAGUUAUAAAACAACUUCUAAAUUAUGGAUCACAACUAGUUAUUAUAGGACCUAACUGGUUUAUUUACAAAGUAAACAGGUUUCUUAUUUGCAGUUUUUUUGCAAUUGUUUUAUACUUAAUUCAAUAAAAUAAAUGUUAGUAGACGUUAAUGGUUAUUUCAAUUAAUUGUAGAAUGUGUAAUGUACAUUCAUAGUUCCAUAGGUAUUUUUGUGACUAUACCUAAUAUGAUAAGUAUUUGUUAUUGGUUAAUGUAAGGUUACCAUGGUGUUAUAAAAACACCAGGUGUAAAUGUGUGAUGUGGCUAUGUGCAUCUUGACAGGAAAAAGCCAACAUUAUUGACGGGCCUCAGGCAAAUUUAUCGUACAAUUAAACAAAAUGAAAGCAAAAAAA